AUGACAGCAUCGUCUCCUCUGGCGGCAAUCCACCGCCCAGUCCCUGCUCCUACAUGGGGAGGCAGAGACAUCUUCCGCUCCCAUUACGCCGGCAACUCAGCUUCGGGAUCUCUCAGUCUUCGGGAGCAGCUGCACAAGGGCACGGGGGAAUACCUCGAUGGCAAAGUCCGAGGAUCUUCUCCUGGUGGGAGCCUGGCAGCUGAUCUUUCCCAGAACUUCCGGCUUGAUAACGAGGCGAGUCCCAAGUUUACAACGCCUCGGCGUGCACUUUUCACAGCAAAUGUUGUGGGCAGCGUCAGCAGCAGAGACUUUGUGACAACUCCUCCUCUACCACCUUCUUCGCCUAGUCAGCGUACCGAGAUCCUGGAGUCGUCUCCUCUGCCACUCAAGGUGACCUUUAGCGAGGUAGUGGAGAUUGCAUCACCCACUCCAAUUUCUUGUCUUACCUCACCCGCUUCAAUCUCUUGUCUUGCCUCACCUACUCCAAUCUCUUGUCUAGCCAAGGAUGCAGUCAUGAUAGACUCUCCAGUCCCCAUUUCCCGCCAGUCAUCUCUGGACCUAUUGAGAUCUCGCUCUCGCCACGCAUCAUUAGAGCCAGCGAAACCCAUUGUUGCCGAGUCGGUCAAUUCACUCGUCAAACGUAUUCGAGGACACGCUGACGGCGUGGUUAGCCGUAGGAUGGCAACCCCACGGCGGACACUUUCUGGCCGAGCGAAGAGCAUUGCCGGCAUUGUCUCUGGCUCCCAACCUUCAUCAUUGCAGUUUGGAGCUAGCACCUCGACCCUAUCGCUUGAUGAGUGUUUUGAAUCAGAUUCCCCUGAACAGGACCGCAACACGCCUACAUCAUCCAACAGCCCUUGCCCUGCUAUCCCUAUAGGUCUUCGUUCAAGAUCUCAACUCGCAAGUAUCGCAAGCAUCAAUCGCCACGGCUCGCCAGGCAACCUUCAUUCUAGAAGACAGUCAAAUCCUUUCCUGAGAACACGAAAACAAUUUCGUCGCUCUUUGAGUAUGUUCGAGAGCCCAGCGGAUGUCAUGAAGCCGAAGCCCGAGAAAGAGCUUGCCGCCGCCCCGAUACUCAAGGCCUCCGUUACUGAAAUCGAAGAGGCCCACGAGCCCAUCAUUCCUCACUUCCUCCCCGACGAUCCUACAGAUACAAUUCCUCGAAUCACAAGAGAGACGAUGCUCGCCAUCUUGGAUGGCAAGUAUAGUGACAAGUUUGCUCAACGAAUGGUCAUUGACUGCCGAUUUGAGUAUGAAUAUGAAGGCGGCCACAUCGAUAGCGCUGUCAACCACAACAACAAAGAACUGUUGGCCGACCAGCUCUUUCAGACUCCAAUGGAAGGCUUGAGUUUACUAAUCUUUCACUGCGAAUAUUCGGCUCACAGAGCCCCUCUCAUGGCGCGUCAUAUUCGCUCUCAAGACCGUACCAUCAACGCUGAGCAUUACCCCCGCUUGACCUAUCCGGAGAUUUAUAUCCUGGAUGGUGGCUACAGCGGCUUCUUUGCUGAGCACCGAGCAAGAUGCUUUCCCCCAGAGUAUGUCGAGAUGUCAGAUGAGAAGCAUCAGCGCACCUGCGAAAGGGAAAUGGGCCGUCUGAAGUCUCGGAAGCCCUUUGGCCGUGCGCAGACUUUUGCAUUUGGUCAGCGGAGCACAAGUCUUCACGACUCUCCCACUGGCCCUCCCCGCCCUCAAUCCCGGAAUGUUAAUGCAUCUCCUCCGGCUCUUUCUUCUCCGGCUGUUUCUGCGUUUGAUUCUCCCACAAUCGGCGAUCGAACACCGGCUCGCCGCAUGGCAUCCUACUAG